AUGGAUUACAUUUUCAAAUCGAUAUCUAACUUUCAAUUGCCUUUUACUACCGAUGGUGUAUCUGUUGUGAAUAUGCCAUUUGGUACGCUGGAAAGUGGAACCAGGAAAUCAGAUUCAUUACCUGUUACCAUUCAUACGUAUAAAACUGACCAAGUACCAGCUGUUUUUUUAAAGAACCAUGUUUUGAAAUGUAAGAUCCUUAAGCUUCCGGGUCUAGCGAAAGUAUUAGAUGUCAUUGAACCAUCCACAGAUAAAGUCUACAUCAUCACCGAAAGAAUUACUGCUCUUAACUCAUUGGAUUAUUUUAACUUCAAUGAAAAUGCUUUGAAACUUGGUAUCUAUGAAAUAGCACUGACGUUGAACGUUUUACAUCAACAAGGCAAGUCACUUUUCGGUGCAUUGUGUUUAGGUAAUGUCUAUGUCAACAGUAAAGGUGAAUGGGUAUUAUAUGCAUUGGAGCUAUCGACCAGCUUGAACGAUACAAACCAUUUCACGUCCAAUAUCCAGACCUAUAACGAUGUUGUGAGGGGCUAUGACGAUUGGCAGUUGGGAAAUGGGUCAGCUUCAAACAUUGACUCCAUACAACUGGCGAACUUUUUCAAUAAACUUUUAACAAAUAGAAUAUCUUCCAGCUGGAAGCCAGUCAUAUCACAGCUUGCAAAGGGUCAACCAGGUGCUAUUGGUAAGCUUAUCAGCAAAAUGCAGACUGAUGCAGAAAAUCCUUUGAUAUCCAUAUACGAUAACCUAAAGGAGAUUCAUAUUAAGGACUCAGCAGAUAAAGUUAUGAUACUUUCCAAUAUCCAACAAAAAAUUACUGCCGAUGAUGCAUCCUUUCAAAAUUGCACACCAGGGUUCUUGGAGUAUUUAUUGCUACCGGAGUUAAUUCAAUGUCUACAAUUACUUGCUGCCACAAAUCAACCGAUAUCAAGUCAAGUGCCCUUUCUCGGCACUAUAUUCCACCUAACAUGUUCUGAUAGUCCCAUUAUAGCCAAUGAAGACGUUUUCCAAAACCAGAUCAAACCGUUAAUUUUUCAAUCUUUCAAUGUAGCCGACAGACAGGUUAGGUUCUUGCUGUUGUUGCACUUUCCGAAAUUCAUGCAGAAACUAUCAGCUUCUGAGGUUGCUGACAAAAUAUUCCCAACAUUUAUUCAAGGUCUAUCAGAUACAGAUCAAGUUAUAAGGUUGCAAACUUUGAAAAACGUUUCACACCUCAUUGGAAAAAUUACUGAACGUCAACUCAAUAACGAUCUUUUACGUGUAUUAGCUAAAACACAAGUGGAUAAAGAUAUCGGGAUUAGAACAUUAACCAUAUUGAUUAUUACGAAAAUUGCUCAUAAACUCAACAAAUCAAAUAAUAGAUCAACAAUUCUGGCCACAGCAUUCACGAAAUCUUUGAAAGAUCCAGAAUUGAAGCCGAGAUUGGCUACCCUUUAUGGACUUGAAAUAACUCUAGAUCUGUUUGAUGCUGAAACUAUCGCUCAGAGAAUUUUGACAGUAAUCGGCCCUGGCUUGCUAGAUCGGAACAAACAAGUCCGCACAACUGCUAAAAAGGUUUUCCAGAUGUACUGGGAUAAGUUGGAGGAAGAAUCUGCUUCAGUAGUUGAAGAGGAUAAUUCAACGUUCAUUCACACAGAAGAAUUCGAAAAAAUGAUGAAUGAUGAGGAAGACGGAAAACUGAUUAAUGGAUUUAUACAGAGUGUGAAAUUAAGCACUCCGACUCCUACUUCAACCCCUAUUAUUCUCACUGAAGAAACUGUUGAGGUUGAUCCGUGGAACUCAGCAUUUGAUGACGAAGAGUUCGACGACAGCUGGAAUGUUGACGAACCUCAAAGCCGUACUACAAAGACUGAUACUGAAGUGAAAUCAUUUGGCUUUAAAGUCCCGGUGAGUAAAUCUUGGAAUGACGAUCUUAACGAAGAGAGCAUUGAAAGUGAAACUGCCAGGAAACCGUUGACAUCUAGAAGGAAACCACUACCGCGCCAAAACAAGCCUUCAAUCUUAGGAAAAGCAAGUGCAAAACCAUCAAUCCUAACCAGAAAUAAAUCAUCAUCUCCUAUUGUAACUUCCAGCAAAAACAUCAAAAGCGCAACCAAUAUUCCAUCUAAAAUGUCAAAUCUUGUCCUCGAUGAUGACGAUACAGAGGACGGUUGGGGUGAUGAUUGGUAG